CCCUUUUGUGAUGUUCUCUAAAAGUACAUUUUACUUGCCCAAGUUCCCUGAAUUGAAGCCCAGAUGAAAGAAAUGCAUAAGAAGCUUUUGACUAUUAUCUCAGGAUCCUGACCAAGAGCAUCUUUACGUCACUGGUGGAAAGUGGCUCUACCUACUAGAAUGGGCAACCACACUCGAGUGAGCACAUUCCUUUUGUGGGGGUUUUCCAGUUUUCCAGACCUGCAGAAUCUACUCUUUGUGGUGAUUUUCUUCUCGCAUGUGACCAUCCUGGCUGCAAAUGUGUCCAUCAUGGUGGCCAUCAAGCUCAGUCACAGCCUUCACACCCCCAUGUACUUUUUCCUCUUUGGCCUCUCUCUCUCAGAAACUUGCACCACUAUGGUGAUCAUCCCCCGCAUGUUACUGGACUUGCUAUCAGAGAGCAAGACCAUAUCUCUUCCUGAGUGUGCCACACAGAUGCUUUUCUUCUUUGGCUUGUCAUCUAACAAUUGUUUCAUCAUGGCUGCCAUGUCCUAUGACCGUUACACAGCCAUCCACAACCCUCUGCACUAUCAGACACUUAUAACAAGAAAGAUAUGCAUUCAGCUUAUGAUGGCCUCUUGUAUCAUUGGGUUCCUGGUUUCUCUGUGUGUCACCAUCACUGUAUUCAACUUGUCUUUCUGUAACGCCAACACUAUUGACCAUUUCUUCUGUGACAUUGCACCUGUGGUCCACCUUGCUUGUGAUUACACACCCCAUCAUGAAAUGACUAUUUUUGUGCUCUCUGCUUUUGUAUUGGUUGGCAGCUUUAUUUUAAUUAUGAUUUCCUAUAUCUUCAUUGUGUCCAUAAUUGUGAGGAUGUCUUCUACAAAGGGGAGGUAUAAAGCCUUCUCAACUUGUUCCUCUCACCUCACGGUUGUGUUUCUACACUAUGGCUUUGCUUGCUUUGUCUACUUGAAGCCCAAGAACAGUGACACAUUCUAUGAAAACAUGCUGAUGGCUGUGAUAUAUACAGUGCUAACACCACUGCUUAACCCCAUGGUUUACAGUCUAAGAAAUAAAGAAAUGCAGAUAGCCCUGAGGAAAGUUCUAGACAAUGUCAAUAGGUUUAUCCCUCAGAUAGUAAAUAAAAGAUCCAAGGAUAUUAAAAAAAACUUGCCAACAUACAUGGCAGACCCAAAAGGUUCUCAGGAAUUGUGCAUCUUCAGACUUAAAGAAACAGAACAAAAUGAAGGAUGUCUGUCAGAUUCUCAAAAUUCUACAGGCAGGAAACAGACUGGUGAAACUACUCAUAUGUGCUGCCUUAAAGGAAAAGAAAAUAGGACUCCAAGUUUGAACCUUUCAUCUAAAAAUGAUACCUUGCAUCUUGAGUCCAUGGCUGUGGGCAGAUAG